GAGCAGGUUACCCCGGUUCUGACCAAGGAGGGCCGGAAGUUUAUGACACUUGGAACUUCAAUAAUUGGUGGUUUAUGCAACUUGAGACCGGUCAGCACUGUGCGGAGUUCAGAGUACUAAGAGAGAGAGAUUAAAAUGGCUUCCAGAGGAAAGACAGAGACAAGCAAAUUAAAGCAGAAUUUAGAAGAACAGUUGGAUAGACUAAUGCAGCAAUUACAAGAUCUGGAAGAAUGCAGAGAGGAACUUGAUACAGAUGAAUAUGAAGAAACUAAAAAGGAAACUCUGGAGCAGCUAAGUGAAUUUAAUGAUUCCCUGAAGAAAAUUAUGUCUGGAAAUAUGACUUUGGUAGAUGAACUAAGUGGAAUGCAGCUGGCUAUUCAGGCAGCUAUCAGCCAGGCCUUUAAAACCCCUGAGGUCAUCAGAUUAUUUGCAAAGAAACAACCAGGUCAGCUUCGGACAAGGUUAGCAGAGAUGGAUAGAGAUCUGAUGGUAGGAAAGCUGGAAAGAGACCUGUAUACUCAACAGAAAGUGGAGAUACUGACAGCUCUCAGGAAACUUGGAGAGAAGCUGACUGCCGAUGAUGAGGCCUUCUUGUCAGCAAAUGCAGGUGCUAUCCUCAGCCAGUUUGAGAAAGUUUCUACAGAUCUUGGCUCUGGUGACAAAGUCCUUGCUCUGGCAAGUUUUGAGGUUGAAAAAACAAAAAAAUGACAUGGUGUAGAAGUUGAGACAUUGAUCACAUUCUUAUUGUAAAUGUGUUUUUAUUCUGGGGAUUUUGAGUCAUUGCAAAGAAAUUAAGAGAUUCUCAAAAUGUACUAAUUACCUGAGAAAAGGUAACCUGGAAACAUACAUGUGGCCUCUGUUUAUGCUGUUCAUCAUUGUGCUUUAUGUAGGGCUACCUGCUUUAGUGAUCCUGGACUUGUUGGGACGGAGGGACUAACUGGACUGUUCAUUGUGAUUUGUCUGUUUAAAGAGAGAACAGAAAAUCGACUUUGUUUUAUAAAGGGUUCUUGUUUUUAAGUGCUAAUAGUGAAUGAAAAGGUGUGAACUAAUGAUUCUUUUCUGCUCAUAACUGAUCCGCACUCAUUUGAAUCAACAGUGAAGCAACAUCAAUAGUCCUCAUGUGUUAAUAGAAUUUUAGAGUUCUAAGUGAUCUUAGGAACCAUUUUUAUUUUACAGACAGGAAAAUGAGGCUCAGAAAGAUCAAGUGACUUGCUAAAAGUCACAUUAGACACAGAGCUGGGGAUAAGACUCUGGUGUCCUGACUCCAAGUUUAGUAUCUAUUGAGUUUUAUUUCUUUAUUCUGUAUUGUUUUUAAAAAAUAAUUAGCACGUAUUUGUGCAAGUUAGUGUUUACUAAAAUUUGAUGUCCCAACAAAAAGUUGACUCUAUACUAAGGGACCAUUCCCCAGCCUGUGUGCUCUCUGUAUGAAUGGGGCCUAUUGUAUCUCUGAAUUUUGAGCUUGGAACAAUGGGAGCCCUGUUGGGAGUCUCCUGAAGUAACUUAACCUCCUGCAUUGUUUCACCAGGGAAGCAAUAGGAAACGGCAGCUAGAGGCCCUCCCCAUGUGUGACCUCUUGCCAAACUCAGAGGGUGGUAACUGUAAACUACUAUCUACUCUUCGUUUUGGGGGGAAACACCGAAUAAGUUAAUGAGGAAAAGCAGGUUUCUCUCCUGAGUGUUUACAUCUCUCUGCAUGCUCAGAUAUACAGAUAUGUCUAUAUGCUUGUACAUUAGCUUAUUUCCUCGGCUCUGGCCAUUUUAUAUUCUUAAAUGUGUUUUUCAAUAUUUUCUUUGUACUUUGUACAAAUUAAAAACCAUUUUAAAGCUUCUUGUAUACUGUAAACUCUACUAGGUGCUUUGCCAGCUGGACAAAUUAGGGGACCUCAGCUACAUUCAUGCCUUAUUUGGAACUUUUAAUGGGUUAUUUUUUAUAAAUUGGUUUAUGACCCUCAAAAACUCACCGAAAUUGUGACAAACCAAGAAAAAGAAAAUUAUCUGCUGUACAUCUAGGGCUUUAUUAUUUCAUUUUUCUGUGUUUUUUGAAAUGGAGGUGAAAUUCACUGUUUUAGAGUAUAAUUCAGGGCUGGCCAGUUAGUUCAGUUGGUUAGAGCACAGCCUUGUAACACCAAGGUCACGGGUUCCGAUCCCUGUACUGGCCAGCCACCAAAAAAAAAAAAGUACAGUUCAGUGAGUGAGUACCUUCACAAUGUUGUGCAGCCAUCACCACUAUCUAGUUCCAAAACAUUUUCAUCAGCCCCAAAGGAGACCUUGUACCUAUUAAGCAGUUAUUUCCCAUUCCCUUCUCCUCCCUGCCCUCUAGCAACCACUAAUCUGCUCUCUGUCUGUAUGGAUUUACCUAUUCUGGAUAUUUCAUAUAAAUGAAUUAUAUAAUAUGUGACCGUUUUGGUUGUCUGGCUUCUUUUACUUAGCAUAAUAUUUUCAAAGUUAAUCCACAUUAUAGCAUAUAUCAGUACUUCUUUCCUUUAUGUGGCUGAAUCAUUCCAUCACAUUUUGUUUAUUCAUUUAUCUGUUGAUGACCAUUUAGGUUCUUUUCACCUUUUGGCUAUUGUGGAUAGUGCUGCUAUGUACAUUUGUGUACAAGUGUUUGUUUGAAUACCUGUUUUCAAUUCCUUUGGGUAUAUACCUAGGAAUGGAAUUUCUGUGUUUGUUUUUUAAGCCAUAGCAAUAUUUUUCCUCACCCCCUCCUCUCAGUAGUAGACCAGGAAAAUUAGGAAUAUUUUGUAUUUUAAAGGGACCUAUAUGAAUCUUUAAUCUUGGUUUCCCUUAAACGUUCUAUAAGACUGGCAUCGGUGAACUAUUUUGUCAUUAAGCACAUUAAUGUAUUAAUUUUUAUAAGUAAUGACUAGCACUCAAUUUAAAAUUAUCUUCUUUUAAAAAUGGUCAAGUUUGCAGUGCCCAAGCAAGACACUGACAGUCAUGGCUAUGUGACCUUCAGUAGAUUACUUAAUCUUUUUGAGCCUCAUAUUCCUCUUUUGUUUCAUGGGGAAAAUAGAACCUACCUCACAGGAUAAUUGUGCAGCCCUCUCUCCUCCUUAAUAUAGAAAAAAGUUUUGCAUUGGAGUUAAUAUACCAUAACUUUUUUAAGUGCCAUAUGAUAUAUUUCGUUUCACAAAUUUUUUACCCAGUUUGAAAUGUGAGUGAAUUCUAUGCAAUUAUACUUAUUAAAGGACUUAUAAGCUAUGUUUUCUGUUCAUAUUUUGCUAAUUUAAUCUUGUAGUUUUUUAGAUCUCUUAAGAUAUUGGAGCUUGCAAUAACACCAAGGCAGCUAACUUUUCAACAUUCUUGCAUCAGCUAAUAUUUUGGCAAAAAGAAUUUCUGUAUUUCUCAAAGAACUGGGACUGAAGCAGAAAUAAGUUCCAGUGAGCAAGUGGGCUGUUUAAUGAAAUCUAGUGAUUUAAAGCAAGUCCUAUGUUUCAGUGUUUUGUUUUCUUUUUAUCCCGUGAGUGCUAAGAUGGGUAAUAUUCUAGGUGGGUGGUGAGGGAAGAGACUGAGGGAUAGAAUGAGAAGUUGUUCCCAAGAACGAGUUGGAGUUGGGACAAAUGGAUCAUUAACUUUUAUUGUAAGACCUUUUAUUGAAGAUAUUCAGCCAAGGAACUUAGCAAAAUAAAAGAC